UCGCCCGCGCCGAGCGCCUAGUUCCUUGAGCAUGUGUCUCCAGUCCUCCCUGUCCGUCUGGUUGCUGUGCUUGGCUGUUCUAGUGGCCGGCGCCUAUGCUGCAGCGUUUGGUGAUUCAGUCGAAGAAGGAGUGCGGGACAAGAAAAUCAUCACACUUUUACGGCGGAAUACCAAAGGCCAUGAUUCGUCAGCGGCGCAGGCGUCGACCGGUGAGUACAGCUGCAAGUUGUACGGCCACUCGUGCCUUGGAGGCCACGGGAAGCGCUCGGACGACGGCAGCGCCCCUGGCGGCGCCGUCUCCCCCUACGUGAUGCAGAUGCUGCGCAAAACGGCCGAUGACGACGCGUUGCCCCCGUUCCCGUCCCAAGCCAGGUUCGACAGGGUGGCCCUACUGGAGAAGGCGCUCGUCCAACUGUUGCGGAACAGGAUGAUGGUCUGAACAGGGGCGCCCUCUUGCGGUCACACCGCGCAGCUGCAGACACGACGACGCUGCCCGCACAGAAGCUGGAGGAGUUGACGGAGACGACGAACGAAAGCGGAUGGUUUUUUUGCACAAAUAUUAAUAUUAAUAAAAAAUAAGACAACCACGACGACCAU